GUGGGGAGGGUCCCUGGCCGCGGAUAGUUCUCUGGAUCAAGCAGGAGGCGCCGGGAGCUAGGGCUAGGGGAGGGGCACCCCGAGUUUGGAAGAAAGACAAGGGCAUCCUGGACAUAACCCAGGGAACCUUGGGACUGGGUACCCCGGUGUUUUAGCUGAGACACCGCGGGAAUUUGAAGUGGGGACCUCCAAUUUACAAGUGAAUGGAGGGCUGCGGUGGGGCGGGAGCCCCAAUUCAAGAGUGUCUGCAGAUGAGCCUAGGUCUCUGGGAAGGGAAGCCAGACAGGUCUCUGUCAUCUAACUGCAUCCUGGGCUCAGGCUGCCCCAUCCUAAGGGGGCCCUGUUUUUCUAACAGAUGUGGAGUUGGGGUACAGUCCCUUUUUCCAGCGAGCAUGCUAAUGCUGGAUGUGGGUUCUGAUCUACCCCCAUAUGGAUGUCCAGGACCUGGAUGGACCCUGCGGGGAGACAGGGAACCCCCAGAUGUUGCACAUCUCCACAUCAUCUCAGCCCUCCACACCGGUGUUUCACCCCCAGUCUGUCUCUAUGGUGCAUUUUUUAAACUGUUUGGGUCUAGGUGCUAGGAGGGAGGGCACCUGGCAAUGAGGUAUUCGAGUGACCCCCAUCCACAUACCACAGUGUGGCUUUGUUCAUUCUAAGUGUCUGGGAUGAAGCCAGGCUGAGGCAGGCCAAGGUGGGCGACGUCCCAAGCUGGGCUUGUUGGGAUGGGAUGAAUGCAUGCACUGUGCCACCCCAGAUCCUGGCAGUCUCAGUGGCCCCUGAACAUCCCCACAGGGAAAUAGGGAAGGUUCCCACCCCUUUUGUGGGGGUCUUUGUGUGUCAACAUGCCACGAGGAGAGGCAUAAUCAGGGGACCUGGGGUCUCCUGUGCCUGAUACAACUGCAGUUAGUGUCUUUUGUUUCAAAACUGUGAUGGGGACCACAUUACCAGUGGCCAUGCAUCGGACACCAAGGCCACAUGCAUCCCAGUCUGUACUCAGGGCUGGUGUGGCAGCCUGUGGGAGGAGCCAGACCUGGUGGUUGAUCAUUGGGGGCUUCAGCAGAGGGCUCCAGACUGUGGGUGUCUUUGUGUAGAGGCCGCACAGCCUACCCAGUGAGCGCCUGCAAGGGUUCUCUUUGUUAGUGUCCCUGGAAGUCGCCGCGUGUGUCUCUCCUGGGGUGUAUGUCUGGGGUGUGUUUUGUGAAUAGGAACAGGUGACCCAGAGCAUGGGGGUGCAAGGCUGAGGAGUUACAGUGGGAGGGGUGGGGAUCUCCAGCUUGGCUUCUCUUUUCCUACACAGCAUUCCAUAUUCAUGCCUGUGCGCACAAAUCCAGUGUGAGUCUCAGGCCAGGAAUCCACAGUGUCUGCAAGUGCGUGUGUGUGAAUGUGUGUGGCCUUUGCUCAGGACCAGAAAUCCUCCUGAAGCUCAUGUAACUGAUGUCCCCACACCAUAGGGUGCAGACAGGUAUACCCUUGCCCAGACACAGCACCACAGAUGCAGUCGCACACCCAGUGACACUAGAUGCUCCAGUAUGGGGGCCACAUCUGUCUGGGCCUCAGGCCUCCUGGUGCUGAGGCUGCUGCUCCUGGUGGCUGGGGAUCAGGACACACAGGACACCAUCACCACCGAAAAGGGGCUUCACAUGCUGAAGUCGGGGUCAGGACCCAUCCGCGCUGCCCUGGCGGAGCUGGUGGCCCUGCCCUGCCUCUUUUCCUGGCAGCCAUUGCUAGGCACCCUUCGAGACAUUCCUCGAAUCAAGUGGACCAAGGUUCGCACUGCAUCAGGCCAGCGACAGGAUUUGCCCAUCUUGGUGGCCAAGGACAAUGUGGUGCGUGUGGCCAAGGGCUGGCAGGGGCGGGUGUCACUGCCCGCUUAUCCCCGGCACAGAACCAAUGCUACGCUUCUCUUGGGGCCACUUCGGGCCAGUGACUCUGGGCUGUAUCGCUGCCAAGUGGUGGGGGGUAUCGAGGAUGAGCAGGACCUGGUGACCCUGGAGGUGACAGGCGUCGUGUUCCACUACCGGGCGGCCCGGGAUCGCUACGCACUGACCUUCGCUGAAGCCCAGGAGGCCUGCCGCCUGAGCUCAGCCACCAUCGCAGCCCCGCGGCAUCUGCAGGCUGCCUUCGAAGACGGCUUUGACAACUGCGACGCGGGCUGGCUCUCAGACCGCACGGUUCGGUAUCCGAUCACCCAGUCGCGUCCUGGUUGCUACGGUGACCGCAGCAGUCUGCCUGGGGUUCGGAGCUAUGGGAGACGCGACCCGCAGGAACUCUACGAUGUCUAUUGCUUUGCCCGCGAGCUGGGGGGCGAGGUCUUCUACGUGGGCCCCGCCCGCCGACUGACUCUGGCAGGCGCGCGGGCACAGUGUCAGCGGCAGGGUGCGGCGCUAGCCUCGGUGGGGCAGUUGCACCUGGCCUGGCACGAGGGCCUGGACCAGUGCGACCCGGGCUGGCUGGCAGAUGGCAGCGUGCGCUACCCGAUCCAGACGCCGCGACGGCGUUGUGGGGGUCCCGCCCCGGGUGUGCGCACAGUGUACCGCUUUGCCAACCGCACCGGCUUCCCUGCGCCUGGAGCACGUUUCGACGCCUACUGCUUCCGAGCUCAUCACCUUACACCACAACACAGAGACCCGGAGACCCCCUCUUCUGGAGAUGAUGGGGAGAUUGUGUCAGCAGAGGGACCCCCAGCCCAAGAACUAGAGCCCAGCCUGAGGGAGGAGGCAGCACCUGAGUUCCAGGAACCUCUCAUGUCCAGUGGAGAAGAUGAACCCCUGGACUCGACAUGGACACAAGAGCCUCAGAAGACCCUUGGCUCUACCGCAGGCGGUCCCACACUGGCUUCAUGGGUGCUUACAGGUGUCCCCAGCCCCAGCAGCAUGGGAGUGGAUAUGGUAGAGACAACACCCUCGGGCACACAGGUAGCCUCCACCCCCAUGGCGAGGAGGGGCCGCUUCAAAGGGUUAAAUGGUCGACACUUCCAGCAACAGGGCACAGAGGGCCAGCUGCUUGGGACAGCAGAAGCCAGUGCCCAGCCUCCGACUCUGGAAGUUACUGCUGACUUCUGGGGGCCUUCUGCUACCACAGAGGCCUCAGAGAGUGACCAGAGCCGCAGUCACAGUCCCUGGGUCAUUCUGACCAACGAAGUGGACAUGCCAGGGACAGGUUCCCAUGGCAGCAGGAGUCCUCCAGAGCCCUGGAUGUGGUCUCCAUCUUUGAUCUCACCUACUGUCACAAGCCCUGACCGUGACCCUGGCCUGAAGCCAGGGACAGCUGAAGCUCCCAUUGUUAAAUCAACCCUCCGCCACCUGCCCUGGUCUCCCUCAGAGCCUCCUGUCCGUCCUUCCAGCCCCUCGGAGGCCCCAAGUGUUGUCUACCACGAGGCGUCCCCUGAUGACACCUCUCCAGACUUCCCCAUUGUUGCAAUGCUUCGUGCCCCCAAACUGUGGCUCCUGCCACACUCCACAUUCGUCCCCAAUGUGACCCCCAUUCCUCCCUCCCCAGCUUCUCCACUCCCCUCCUGGCAUCCAGAAGAACAGAAUGGGGAUAUUACCACUGCCGGGCCCAUCAACCUUGGAGCAGAAGGCCUUGAAACCCCAUCUCAGACCACUAUGGAUGCCCUAGUUGAAACCAGCCACAAAUCCCCUGCUACAGAUUCUAAAGAAGUUGGGGGUAUCAGCUCCAUCCAGGCUACCAAGCACCCCAGCUCUGGCCCAUGGGUGUCCUUGGACUCCAGUAAUGUGACUGUCAAUCCUGUCCCCUCUGAUGCUGGCAUCCUAGGGACUGAGUCUGGGGUCUUGGACAUAUCAGAGAGUCCCACAUCCAGUGGACAGGUCACUAUGGGCAAGGUGCUGUCCACCUGGCUACCACUGCCCAGCCAAGGACUGAACACUGGUUCCCAGUCCUCACCAUUGGGAGGCCAUGGAGUCACCGUGAGUGUGAAACCUACCGUGGCUUUGGAAGGAGGCCCCCUCGAGGGUCCUAGGAAGGCCACCAUGGAGCUGGUCCCCAGAGGUGCUGAUGUCACUUGGGGGUUGGAACCUAAAAGUUCCAUUUCUAGCACCCAUGUGGUUGUGAGUCCAAGCAUGGACCAAGGGACCAUGGCUGGAACUCAGGGUGUGCCUACACUGACCUCCACAAUCUCCGAAGACCACCCAGAGCCACAGGACCAGAUGGUGGCCCAGGGGUCACCAAGGCCUCACAGCAGUCUGCCUUCUCAUCCAUGGUCAUCCCUGGCCUCCAGCGUGGAUGAAAUGACCUCAGUUUCCUCAGGGGAGCCCACCGGGCUGUGGGACACCCCCAGUACCCUGAUGCCUGUGUCCCUGGGGUUGGAUGAAUCAGACCUGAAUGUUGUGGCUGGGAGUCCAGGAUUGGAGGACUUCUGGGAAGAGGUGGCCAGUGGGCAGGAGGACCCCACAGAUCCCUGCGAGAACAACCCUUGCCUGCACGGGGGCACCUGUCACACCAACGGCACCAUGUACGGCUGUAGCUGUGAUCAGGGCUAUGCUGGGGAGAACUGUGAAAUUGACAUUGAUGACUGUUUGUGCAGCCCCUGUGAGAACGGAGGCACCUGCAUUGAUGAGGUGAACGGCUUCCUCUGCCUCUGCCUCCCCAGCUAUGGGGGCAGCCUGUGUGAGAAGGACACAGAAGGUUGUGACCGUGGCUGGCACAAAUUCCAGGGUCACUGCUACCGGUACUUUGCCCAUCGGCGUGCCUGGGAGGAUGCAGAGAGAGACUGCAGGCGCCGGGCUGGCCACCUGACAAGUGUCCACUCGCCAGAGGAGCACAAGUUCAUUAACGGCUUUGGACAUGAGAACUCGUGGAUCGGCCUGAAUGACAGAACUGUGGAGAGGGACUUCCAGUGGACAGACAACACGGGACUGCAAUAUGAGAACUGGAGGGAGAAUCAGCCAGAUAAUUUCUUCGCGGGUGGCGAGGAUUGUGUGGUGAUGGUGGCACAUGAGAGUGGGCGCUGGAAUGAUGUCCCCUGCAACUACAACCUCCCAUACGUCUGCAAGAAGGCCACAGUGCUGUGUGGUCCCCCUCCAGCAGUGGAAAAUGCCUCCCUUGUUGGUGUACGCAAGGCCAAGUACAGUGUCCAUGCCACUGUGCGAUACCAGUGUGAUGAAGGGUUCUCCCAGCACCAUGUGGCCACUAUCCGAUGCCGGAACAAUGGAAAGUGGGACCGGCCCCAGAUUGUCUGCACCAAACCCAGGCGGUCACAUCGGAUGCGUAGACACCGCCACCACCAGCACCGACAUCACAAACCCCACAAGGAGCACAGAAAACACAAGAGACACCCAGCGGAAAACUGGGAGAAGGACGAAGGAGAUUUCUGCUGAAAAUGCAGACUAAGCACGCACAUGCUCCCACACCUCCUCUAGAGCAUUCACCUGGGGAGCCAGAACCCAGACAGCCAUGAGAGAGAGGGUGGGAACACCCUUGAGACCCACACCCCUGCGGUCCUCUGUACAAAGCUCAGAUCUCCCUUUCCUUCCCUCCUGAGGUCCUCCUGCAGGGGUGGCCACAGAGUGGUCAGCCCAAGUCUCUAGGAGCAUCUCCAGCCACGGGAAAAGGGAUCCCGAAGUCUGGCUGCUAACCUUCCAAGAGGGGGCGACAGUAUGUUUGUGUGUGCUGGGAGUGGCUUUCACACCAGAGAUUCAGGCUUAGUAAACAGUGGACCAUCCUGAAUCCAGGGUGAAGCUUUGGCUGAAGGCCACUGAUUCGAGAGUGGAGGCUCAGCAGAAGCCCACAGCGCAAACAUGGCCUGCUCUGGCUUCACCUGGGAUUCCCCCUGAGGGUGGUCUUCGGUCUGUCUGGCUUGCUUUCUUCUUCCUUCCCCACAAGCUUCCAUCUCCCCCAUCCCCAUAGACUAGGCGGGCUUUGAACUCACUAAUAUAGCUGUGCACCACCAUGCCUGCCUGGUUCAUUUGGUGCUGCAGAUGGGACCCAGGGCCUCAUGAGUACAGCAAGUGCCCUCUACUAACUAAGCCCCAGCCUUGAUCUUUGGUCUUGGUGCAUAAAUCUAGUGUGGAACUCCCCAUGUACUGAAUUUUAGGAUGUCUCUUGGAGUCACUGGCCUCCUUGGCUUUUGAGGGGAGAUUACUUAGAGUGAUGGGGGGUUGUGUAUUGUUUACUCCCCCAGGUUAGUGCAGUGCUGAGAUACAGUGGCUCUGUUUUGAGGUUGUUUUUGUUUUGAAACAGGACUUCACUGUGUAGCCCAGGCUAGCCUGGAACUUGCUAUCUAGACCAGGCUGGCCUGGAACUCAGUGAUUUGCCUGCCUCUGCCUCCUGGGAUUACCAUGCCCAGACUUCUUUUGUUUAUUGACACAGGAUCUCAUUCUAUAACCCAGGCUGGGUUUCAGCCCACAGCAAUCCUUUUUCAGCUGCCUGAAUGCUGGGAUGACAGGCACACACCAUCACAUGUGGCAGUUUCGUGGGUUUGCGAUGACAAAUCUCUCACACCCAUGUGUAUAGAAAUGAGAUCUGGAUGCCACUGCAUUCCCCCUCCAUCUCUCAGGGAGACAGAUAACCUCCUGCCUGGACCAAGAUGGUGCCACAUUUUCUAGCCCAGAGCCUGUCCUUACUAAACCCUUUCAGCAGACCUCAGUAAAUCCCCUGCCUCGGGUCCUACCCCUGCCCCACCCUUUCUUGUCUCCACACCCUGCCAGUGGACUGGCAAUGCUUGAAGGGACCCCUCCUUGUGGUCUCCUUGUAGAAGUGACACACACACCCUUCUCUCGUAAUUUCACAUUUUAAAAUGUGAUAGAGUCCACCUUACACUCCCUCUUCCCAUCUGCACCUUAGAAAAGACUUCUCCAAACCAGGGAUGGGGUCCCUCAUCCAGAGGGGCCAGAGAUUUGUCUCCAAGGCCUCUGUCCACUUUCAAUCCCUCCAGUCUGGGGAAAAAAAUCUGUGAAUUUUGUGUUAAAACCACAGUGUGGAGCCUGAGCACAGCCCAGCAGAUAAAGAUGGUAGCCGAAGAAGCCUGAAGAAGCCAGUUUAAUCUCUGGAACCCAUGUUUCAAAAAGGAAAAGCCAGGUGGGAUGGCAUGAAUCUGUAGUCACAGGAUUAGUAUUGUAAGAGGGACAGCGAGCUUGUGAGCCAGCUAGCCUGGAGGGAGUGGAAGGCCAGAGCUGGCCCCGAAAGGCCGUGUGACUUCCAUACGCUCACUGCAGCACGGGCGAAGCCAUCCGCACAAACCCACACACACUGCACAAGCACAAAAUAAACAAGUAAAAUUUUCAAAAUGUGUGGGCGGGAGCUGGUGCGGCAGGCAUGGGCAGGGGAGCUCGGGGAUGAGUGCUUAGCCCUGCACAAGGUCCUGGGUUCCAUCCCCAGCUCACAAAGUUACAGACAGGAAGGACUUCGUUGUGGGCACUGUAAUUAGUGUAAGGUUGUUGUUUUUUAGACAGGGCCUCAUGCAUCCCAGGCUGGCCUUGAAUUUACUGUGUAGCUGAGGACGACCUUAAACUCCUGAUUUUCCUGCCUCAGUUUCUCGAGUGCUGGAAUGACAGGUGUGCACCACUAUGGCUGAUAUACACAGUACCGGGCAUGGACCCCAGAAUCUGGUGUGCUUUGUGAACAUCCACUGAGCUGCAAACACAACUCAGCCCCAUUCCCAAAUUCUGGUUUGAUUUGUGCUCCAAACACACACACACACACACACACACACACACACACACACACACACACACACACACACACACACACUAGUUGGCUUGAGAAAUGAUUGAGAAAAGCAAAGUGGACCCUGAUCCCUAGUGGCCCUGCAGCAGACAGCCACUGUCUGGCCUCUGGCUGUGGCUGGGAAGCCGGGAGCCACAGCUGUAUUUAUUUUAACAUUUCAUGAUACAGAAGGGAGACCCUUAGCCAGCCCCUGGCAAUCCUGGGCUGGAGGGACUGGGGCGUGGCUGCUGGGGGCUCAGUGGCUGCAGGGGUGUGCUGCUCCCUGCCCCAGCCCUGCUCCAGCCCUGCUCCAUGAAUGGAGAGGCUUUGGGCUCUUCUGGAGUGGAGGCUCAUCUUUAGCUCUUUUCCUCCAUGGGCCACAUCUGCGGCAGGAGUGCGAGUGUGUGUGUGAACGGCUACGCGUUCUGUUGGUUUUUUUCUUGGAGCUUCAAUGUUCGGUGGAUCUGUGGUAUCUGACACUGUGGACGUUAAUGUACUUCUUGGACAUUUUAAUAAAAUUUUUUAACAGUUCA